GUCAAAAUUUAACAGUUGUUGAUUCUUGAAGUUUACUAUUAGUACUUUUGCAUGCGCCGAGCUGGUUACACAAUUGCGCACUGCGGCGAUCAGCGACUCCGGCAAAAAAACCAUGGAGCCGCCAGUUUAUUCUCCUCAGGCUCCAAACCAUUACGAGUCGAUUGAAGUGGAAACUCCAAUGCUACCAUAUGGGAGCGAUUACAAAUUGAAAAUGGUAAAUUUGAACGGGGAAGAAAUCGCCGCCUUCAACGUCGAAGGAGAAGAUUUGCUUUGCUUUCCGCAAGUGUAUGAGUAUUUUUUGAAGGAUCUUGUUUCUGGAAUGCACACUGUGUACACAAAACUCAAAAGGAUGAAUAUUCAAGGAAAGAACUGCAACGUGGAGCAAGUCCGCAUGAUGCGAAGUGUUGGAGCCAUAGGUCAAGUCGUAAAUCGCUGCAAGUUGAUCUCGCGCGAAGAUUUCAACAGACUUUACGAAGAUUGUUUGCUUUACAGGGGCCCAGGCCGACGCAAAAAGAAUCCCGAUAUUCCUCCCGAGCUGCUAAACAAUCCGUUCAAGCAUUUUAAAGUUGAUCAUCACGCUGACAGACCUGUCAGCGUGUCAAACGGAGAACCAAUGAAAACAGACGAUAUGAACAAGUCCAUUUCAGGUGAUUCGUCGCCCAACGCUGGCGGAGCUAUGACGUUCGAAGGGUCACGUGAUGCCAACAACAAUUCAACUGAGGCUGAAAGGAAAGACUUGCAGUUCAGGACGCCCAUUUCCCGACCGCCUGAGCGCACUCUGAAUAUGACGGCAUCCAAUCUCGCGUCGCCUCGUCUUCAUGGGAGCCCGCGAUAUUCCACCACGCAUGUAAUUCACUCUCCAACGAACGCUCCACCAUCACGGAUCAUUAGCCCGCCCAGCGGUGUUGCUGUGGCGCCCAAUUCUCAGUCGUGUGCGUUCAACUUUCCACCUCGUCCUCAAGCGUCUUUGAGCCCGCAAGGAAAUGGGUUGAGUCCAGUAAUGAACGGCGCUCCACCCAACACUGGCACGUCAGCAAUGCCGGCUAAUCGCAGCCCAGGGAGAUCUCCUAGUGUGGGAGAGGCAGUGAAUGUUGAAGCCUCGGUACCUCAUGUCAGCAGCACUGGCACAUCUGAGCAUGUGGAGUUCAGGAGUGCCGCUGCUAAUGAUACAGGUUCUGAAAAAUCAGCCUCCUCGCCACAUGUGCUAUCUCGAGAGCCUGAAUUCAGAGAACCUGGAUCCACAGAAAGUCUUCUGUUGAACAUACAGGGUCUACUGAAGGUGGCUGCAGAAAACACGAGACAGAACGAGAGACAAGCUGUUUACGAAAGAAACGAACUUCGCCGAUAUAUUCAUCGCGAGCGUGAGGCUAAAGAGAAAGCGGAAAGACAAUCCGCAGCAAUGCAGAGAGGGAAAGCUUUUCUUCAAAAGAAACUCAAGAAAGAAAAGAGAGCGAGGCGCAAGCUCGCUGAACAACUUCUUGAGGAGCAACAACGAUGUGAACUGCUUGAAGAACAGCUGAGACAAACGACCCAAGAUGCACUUAAACAGCGAAACGAUGAGUUACUUCAAGAGCUGGAGAAAGAACGAUGCGCUAAGAUUGAAGCUGAGAGGAAGCUCAAAGGUAAGCUAGAAGCUAGAGGGGAAAUCCAAAACUUCGUUCAUAACUUCCUUGAAAAUCCGAGUCAAGAUGGAUCUGGGCACCACCAAUCGGAAAUGGAGGCGGAUGAGCUAAACGUGGUCGAGGUGGUAAAGGAAGAACACAUCGUUUCAACAUAGGUCUGCAAUGCGUCUGUACUUUGUCACCUACUUAAGACGGUGGUUUGAAUGAAAGCCACAGGUAGCGAGUGAUGGUAAAAUAGAAAUAAUCUGGUUUAUGAGAAAUGCAAAAGAGGCCAGGAGAAAUUUAAGAGAGUACUUUUCGUUGUUGUAAUGAAGUUGUUUGUUCUAGUUGAAACUGCCACGUUGUAAUUCAUAUUGUUAUUCGUGGCGAAAUCAGAUUUGACCAUGAAACUCGGGAAGGAGCGACAGACAGAAGUUAGGUCCUUCGACUAUUUUCUCGUUGGAGAUAUUGUCAGAAAAUACACACUGUUUAAAGUUGCUCUUUCCGUGUUGCAUGUUUGCUUCAAAAACAACUCGCUAAGGUUCUGUUCCAUGGUAAUAAUAUAAUUGAUUAGAACUACAAUUAUUGCUAUUGUUCUCGUAUCGUUACAAGUGGAUAUUUUUAUACUUUGGAAAUUUCAACGAGAGUAAUUCGUUCGCGGCAUUCAUUUGAGAUUUGAUGAUUAUUUAUUUUUGUAACACGACAAGAACUUUUUUAUAUAUAUAUAGCGCAGUAUGUUUGUACAUAAAUUUCUUUCAAUAAAUAAAGUUUUGUUUCGCUUUCGCUUUAUUUAAAUUUUAAGUCACGGUAGUACAUCUACAGACUCAGUUGAGCACAACAAGCUGACGUUAAUAUAUUCCAUCGUUACAAUUAGAGCAAUUUCUCUUCCUCACUCUCCUUUUGAGGAGAAGCAAGAGUGAACUACGAAAGUCCCUGCUUUUCGACAAAAUCCGUCGCGCGAUUCCCAAAAA